CUAUCACAGAUAUUUUCCCACGUCUCUCCAUUGGGAAGCCCCAAUCUCUCUUCCGACCCAUCGUCUCCGUUGCUAUGUUCACUGCAUUGGAAGCUCUCUCUUUCUUUUUCUUAAAAAUAGCACAAACACCUCGAAUGCUAUUCUGAAAGGAGUAGAGAGGGAGAGAGAAUGGCAGUUUCGCUCUCUUCCUUGCCGCUAGUACCAUCGAAACCCUCUCUAUGGUUGAAGCCCGAGCUCGCUCGCGGCGUCGCAAUUUCCUCCAUGUGCUCACUGGAUAGCAGCCUGUUUGCUAAUGCCCCACUCACCCAGCGACACUUGAAGAGAAGGCGGAGCCGCCCACGGAAAAGCGGCGGAACUUUCACCGCCUUCGUUGUUGUCGCAGCUUCGGUGGAUUACUACUCCACGCUUGGAGUUUCCAGGUCCGCAAACAACAAAGAGAUCAAAGCUGCCUAUCGGAAGCUCGCUCGCCAGUACCACCCAGAUGUCAACAAGCAGCCCGGGGCAACUGAAAAAUUCAAGGAGAUAAGCACUGCAUAUGAGGUGUUGUCAGAUGAGAAAAAGAGAGCUUUGUAUGAUCAGUAUGGUGAAGCUGGAGUGAAGAGUGCAGUAGGGGGAUCAUCUGGUGCAUAUACGGCUAAUCCUUUCGAUCUCUUCGAAACUUUUUUUGGUGCCUCUAUGGGUGGAUUUCCCGGUAUGGACAAAACUGCUUUCAGAACACAGAGACGAGGUGCAACUAUAAAGGGUGAAGAUAUUCGAUAUGAUAUGAUUUUGGAGUUUUCAGAGGCUAUCUUCGGAGCAGAAAAACAAGUUGAGUUGUCUCAUUUGGAGACCUGUGAUGUCUGUGCUGGUACUGGAUCUAAAAUUGGUUCCAAAUUGAGAAUAUGCUCAACCUGUGGCGGAAGAGGUCAAGUAAUGCGAACGGAGCAGACACCUUUUGGCUUGUUUUCUCAGGUUUCUAUAUGCCCAACCUGUGGUGGAGAAGGUGAAAUCAUUUCUGAUUAUUGCCGUAAAUGUGCUGGUGAAGGGCGUGUUCGUGUUAGGAAGGGCAUUAAAGUAGAAGUUCCUCCUGGCAUUAGCAAGGGUAGCACUCUUCGUGUCCGUGGUGAAGGUGAUUCGGGGCCUAAGGGGGGACCUCCUGGAGAUCUUUAUAUAUGCCUUGAUGUUGUGGAGAUACCAGGUAUACAACGAGAUGGCAUCAACUUAUGUUCGACUGUAUCCAUAAAUUACAUUGAUGCGAUUUUGGGGGCUGUCGUUAAGGUGAAGACAGUUGAUGGACCCACUGAACUCCAAAUACCUCCUGGCACCCAACCUGGUGAUGUUAUAGUUCUAGCAAGACGAGGUGUCCCCAAGUUAAACAAGCCAUCCACACGUGGUGAUCACUUGUUCACUGUGAAAGUUACAAUUCCUAGUCGUAUCAGUGGAAGAGAGCGUGAGUUGCUUGAAGAAUUAUCAUCCUUGCAUGAUAAUUCUGUUGGCCGUCCAAAAGGCAGAUCCCUAAGUAGAAAAGGUGAGAGUAAAAGAAGCAAGGAGAUCAAUAAUUCAGAGCCAUCGAUUGAACAGGCUGACAUUUGGAAGAAGCUUAAAGAUUUUGCCGGGUCAGUUACCAAUGGAGUACUUAAAUGGCUGAAAGGCAACUUGUAAGACUGGCAGGGGUGCCUUCAACAGCAUACACAUAUGGUAACUCACAUUCCACAUUUAUUCCCUUGCAAUAUACUUUGCUUGAUAGGCCUGAAAAUUUUCUCUUUGAUUUGCGAUUUCAUGGAAAGAGGAUUGUGAUUCCCAAACCAAGGUAUCUGAGGCUUUAUUCUCGCCAUUCUUUUUUCUUUCUUCUGCUUUUUUUUUUCUUUUGUUUUCUUUUGUAAAACCAGCUCACUUAAGUGAAUAUGAACACUUGUUUUAGUGAAUGUACAGUAAGUUAUCAACUUUGACUUCCUAUUAAAAACCACCAGAUACGCCACACUCCUUUCAUUUUCAAAGUGGAGGAGAAUUUGAUUCUUGUUUUAAAGCAUGUAAGCCAUUAUAAGAGGUUCAGACCUUAUUGAAGGAAAGCUUCUCCUGUAAUUUUUUUGUUACUAUAUUGAAAGGGAAUUGCUGCAAGCUAUUGUUAUUCAAA